CUUGCGCAAGAGCUUAUUGUCACAAUAACUUUGUGCAAGAGAGACACUAUAUAUCAUAUAUAUUAUCAUCAUAGUAUUAUAUCAUUCAUCACUAUAACUAUACAUGGAACAUAAAAAAUCAUGUCUCUUGAUUGUGUGCAAAGAAUUCAAGCCACACAUUCUGAUGUUCUUGGCCCAGGUGGGUUGUGCCUUGGUAUAUUUCAUCACUGAAGCUUCCUUCAAUCAUGGGAUGAGUCCUUUUCUAUAUGUUACUUAUCGCUAUUUUGUGGCUGCUCUUGUCAUGUUCCCCUUUGCAUAUUUUCUCGAGAGAAAACAACGACCAAAGCUCACGUUUGCGCUGUUCAUGGAAAUUUUUGUGCUUUCUUUGAUUGGGAUCAGUGCGCCAAUCAACAUGUAUUUUGCAAGCUUGCAAUACACUUCUCCAACUCUAGUUGCUUCCAUGUUCAACAUCGUAGCUUCCCUUACCUUCAUUAUUGCUGUAGCACUCAGGUACGAAGCUCUUGAUAUUGGAGACCCUCGUGGAAUAGCAAAAGUUAUUGGGACAUUGAUAUCCUUAGGAGGUGUAAUGACGAUGACACUGUACAAAGGACCACCGAUGAGGAAUUUGUGGGGUCCACUAAUCCAUAUUCAAGGGAAAAAUGGUGGCACCGAAGAGAACUGGUUAAAGGGUUCACUUCUUGCAGUUACAAGUUGUGUUUUAUUAUCUGUAUGGUAUAUUAUGCAGGCAUCCACUUUGAAAAGGUACCCAGCUCAACUGUCGCUAACUUCGUGGAUGUGCUUUGUUGGAGCAGUGCAAUCAGCUGUUUUCACAGCAAUUGUACAACAUCAUCCUUCAGCAUGGUUCAUAGGCUUCAACAUCGAUUUGUGGUCCACGUUAUAUGGAGGAAUUGUGGUGUCUGGAUUGGUCAUAUAUGUUCAGCUAUGGUGCACUGAGAAAAAAGGGCCAGUCUUUGUCACAAUGACUACCCCACUUUGUACCGUGCUUGUGGCAAUUCUAGCAUAUUUCGUCUUUGGCGAGAAACUUUAUUUGGGCAGCAUCAUUGGCGCAUGUUUUGUCAUCGUUGGUCUCUAUUUGCUGUUGUGGGGUAAAGAAGGUGACCAACAAGUUCACACUAUCACCAAAGAUACAUCAAACUGCAAUGGUGAAGACCCAGUAGAAUUAUGCAAAAUCUGAUCAAUAAAUUAAAUUAUGCUGGAAUGGAAUAAGUGCAAAUUUUAGUGGGAUGAGAAUAAAAUGGGAUAAGCUAUGAAGAUAGUAUAAUGUGGGUGGUUUUAAUUUGUGUAACACUUCUAUAUUAGAUAUACUUACUGACCUUUUUUUCUUCAUUGUUCUUUUUGACUCGUCAUCAAUGUAUUGAGUCAAAUUCUAUAUAUGGUCAAAUGAGUGUUGUAACUUUUUCUUUCAUGUGGAUCCAAGUAUUUCACUUCAA